AUGGAUAGAGCGUUGUGCGUCAAAUGCGGCAAACAAAAAGCAACAUUUAAAUGCGGAGGAUGUUUAGGGGAUUUCUGUUACAAUCAUCUGACAGAUCAUAAAAUGGAAUUGGGUAAACAACUUGAUGAUGUCGAAGGCCACCGGAACGUAUUCCGACAAUUGCUGAUCGAACAGCAGAGUAAUCCACGGCAACAUUCAGUGUUGACAGAUAUUGAUCGAUGGGAAUCGGAUGCAAUUGGAAAAAUCCAAGCAACAGCAGAGCAAACAAGACAAAUCGUACUAAAAUCUGUUCGUGAGCGUAUGGAACAAUUAGAAUUUCGAUUAAACAGCCUAACUGAUCAACUGCGUCAAAGUAGAGAAGAAAAUGACUUUUUUGAAGCCGACAUAUACCGUUGGAAUGAAGAGUUAACUCGUCUCACACAAGAACUAACGAAAUCAUCUCAUAUCAAACUACAUGAAGAUACCACAGCUCUUAUUAUGAAAAUCACUAUCGAUACAGGAUCCACAUCACUCUUCAUGCCAAAGACUGAUCCAACAGCAAAAUGGAUACAGCAUGGUAUCACUGUCGCAGGCGGUAACAGGGACGGUAGUGGUCCGAAUCAACUGUCGAAUCCAUGGGGUCUAUGCAUUGGCGCGAAUCAAGCAGUUUAUAUUGCGGAAUACUCAAAUAAUCGUGUUGUAGAAUGGAAAUUAAAUGAAAAUGUUGGCCGAGUAGUUGCUGGUGGAAAUGGACGGGGAAAUCAAAUGAAUCAAUUGUAUGCUCCAGCUGAUGUCAUUAUCGAUGAACUUAACGAUUAUUUAAUCAUUGCUGACCACGGCAAUGAACGUGUCGUAAGGUGGCCGCGUUCUAAUUCUACUACUGGAGAAGUCAUUGUCUCUAAUGUCGAUUGUUGGGGUUUGGCCAUGGACAACAACGGUUAUCUUUAUGUGGCUGAUUACAAUAAGUGCGAAGUUCGGAAAUGGCGCAUAGGUGAUCCCAAAGGCGUACUAGUAGCUGGUGGCAAUGGAAAGGGUAAUCGUUUAGAUCAACUUAGUGGACGGUUUUAUAUCUAUGUUGACGAAGAACAGUCUGUAUACGUUUCGGACGAAGACAAUCAUCGAGUCGUUAAAUGGACACAAGGUGCCAAACAAGGUAUAGUCGUUGCUGGUGGUCAUAAAGAGGGAGCAAGUUUAUCUCAACUAUCGCGUCCAAAAGGGGUGAUUGUUGAUAAGUUGGGCACUAUUUACGUAGUAGAUCAAAACAAUCAUCGCAUCAUGCGUUGGCUAAAGAAUGCUAAGCAGGGUAGUAUACUCGUUGGAAAGAACGGUAGAGGAGAUCAAGCAAAUCAACUGUUCAAUCCUUUAGGUUUACAUUUUGAUCAACAAGGUAAUUUGUACGUCGUCGACAACGGUAAUUGUCGAGUACAACGGUUUAAUAUCGAUUUAAGUACAAAUUUAUAA